AUGGAGCUCCCUCCCCUGCUUUUCCUCCUCCCUCUCCUUCUCGUUGGCUUCUUCUACCUUAGCAAGGCCCGCGCCGCCGGCCGGAACGCGCGGCUCCUGCCUCCAGCGCCUCGGGACCUACCUCUAAUCAGCAACCUGCACCAGGUGGGCGGGCUCCCGCACCGCACCCUCUGCGCGCUCAUCGCGGCGCACGGUGCGCCCGACCUCUUGCAUCUCCGCCUCGGCCAGGUCCCCGCGCUGGUCGCCUCCUCCCUGGCCGCCGCGGCGGUGCUCAUGCGCGAGCAUGAUGGCGCCUUCGCCACGCGCGCGUACUUCCGCACCGCGGAGAUCCUCACGUACGGCUUCCAGGACCUGGUCUUCGCGCCCAACGGCAAGCACUGGCGCCACGUCCGCCGGCUCUGCUCCGCGCACGUUCUCAGCGCCGCUCAGGUGGCCGAGCCCUGCUGCCGAACACUGGCCACCGCCGACGCCGCUGUGCACCGGAUCCGGGCAACCCGCGAGCCGGGCCGCAGGCGUGGCCCCGCCGAACCACCCGCGCGUAGGGCGUAG